GUCCGUGCGACGCUUCCGCUUCACAAGAUCGACGCUGUGUCGAGCAGCAGAGCUCGGGUUGGACAUCUCUACGACAGAGGCUAAAGACAGAGCGGAGAACAGCUGAAGUUUAGCGACCUGGAAUAAAAUGGAUCAGUACAAGCUCGAAAUGAUAGAACGUGACCUGCACGUCCAUCAAGACCAGGAUCGGUCCAGUAGCGGGAUAAAAGAGGAGCAGCAAAACCCGAGUUUAACCGAGCUGGACCGGUCCAGUAGCGGAAUAAAAGAGGAGCAACAGGACCCGAGUUUAACCGAGCUGGACCGGUCCAGUAGCGGAAUAAAAGAGGAGCAGCAAAACCCGAGUUUAACCGAGCAGGACCCGUUCAGUAACACGUUAAAGAAGGAGCAGCAGGAUCCGAGUUUGACCGAGCUGGACCGGUCCAGUAGCGGAAUAAAGGAGGAGCAACAGGACCCGAGUUUAACCGAGCUGGACCGGUCCAGUAGCGGAAUAAAAGAGGAGCAGCAAAACCCGAGUUUAACCGAGCAGGACCCGUUCAGUAACACGUUAAAGAAGGAGCAGCAGGAUCCGAGUUUGACCGAGCUGGACCGGUCCAGUACCGGAAUAAAGGAGGAGCAACAGGACCCGAGUUUAACCGAGCUGGACCGGUCCAGUAGCGGAGCUGAGGUGGAGCAGCAGGACCCUAUCCAGUCUGGUCCCACAGAUCAACAGAAACUUAGAGGAAAGGGUGGUUCACGUCUGUAUCUCUGUCAGCCAUGUAAUAAAGACUUUAACAAACUAUCCCAGCUAAAGAUUCAUCAGAAGGUUCACCAUGAUGAGAAACCACCCUACAGCUGUGACCAGUGUGGCAAAACCUUCACUACAAGAGGUAGCCUAAAGACCCAUCACCAAAUUCAUACAGGACAAAGACCAUACACCUGCAACGAUUGUGGAGCAGCUUUUCGAAUGUCACAUCAUUUGAAAGUUCACUAUUAUAUUCACACUGGAGAGAAACCUUAUGGUUGUGAUCAUUGUGGAAAAGCGUUUUAUUUGUCUGCUCAUCUGAAACAGCACCAGCGGAUUCACACUGGAGAGAAACCGUAUUCUUGUGAAACCUGUGGAAAAACAUUUGCCUCAACCUACCAACUAAAACAUCACCAGCACAUUCACACGGGAGAAAAUCCAUACCGGUGCGAUCAGUGUGGAAGAACCCUUUCAAGUGCCACCAACUUAAGACGACAUCGGUAUAUUCACACUGGAGAGAAACUUUUUUCGUGUGAAACCUGUGGAAAAACCUUCUCCCAAUCCUGCAAGCUAAAACAGCACCAAGAAAUUCACACUAGAGAAAACCUCCACUACUGUGAUCAGUGUGGAAAAGUUUUUUCUCGAGCCGACAAAUUAAGACUACACCAGCGUGUUCAUUCUGCAGAACAAAAGAAAUAUCCAUGUGAAACCUGUGGUAAACAUUACUCUACAUCCUCCAGUCUGAAACAGCACUAUCAAAUUCACAGUGGACAGAAACCUUACUCAUGUGGUCAGUGUGGAAAAAUGUUUUCUAUGUUUAAGUCCCUAACACGCCAUCAGCGCAUUCACACUGAAUAAAAAACUUAUUUGUGUGAAACCUGUGGACAUGGUUUUGAUACAUCAUCUUCCUUUUAAAAGGCACCAUCAAAUUCACACUAGACAAAAACCUUACUGUUGUGAGGUGUGUGGUAAAAACUUUUAUUCCACCCUGCAAUCUAAAACAGCACUACCGUUUUCACACAGGAGAAAAGCCUUAUUGCUGUGAUCAGUGUGGUAGAAAUUUCUUUACAUCCUCAGACCUAAAAAAGCACCAGCACAUUCACAAAGGUCAAAUAUCUUAAUGUAACACUAGAAAGAAGUCUUAGUUGUGGAGAAGCACCUUCUAAUCAUUUAUCUUUAAUGAAAACAAUAUAUUCACACAGGGCAAACUUCUCAGGUGUGAAUGAUGUGGAAACAUUUUCACCAGAUGUACAGAAGUUUGUACAAUUAAAGACACUAGUGUCUGUGAGCAGCAAACUGCUCAUUAUUAUCCUCCAUUUUUAAUUUUAUUAGUAUCCUUACCUGUGGUAGUAAAAGAGGUUUUAGGUUUAUGCUUUCCGAAGAUCAAAACACUUUAUUUCGUUGAACUGUUGUAAACAUAUCACACAACCUACAUUCAUUUUGCUCAACAUGUGGUGAGGUUAGUGGAAACAUCAAAUGUUUGUUAUCUAGUGAUGUAUGUAUCUGCCUCCUUGUGAAAUUAACUUUCUGUACCAUGUGUGGGUCAUCCUGCCUCUGCCUUUCACAUUCAUCACAAAUACUGUAUAUGAGAAUCAAAGCUGUUGUUCAGAACUGUCUCUAAUAAGAGACUGAUAUUAAUGAGUGUAAGCGUAAAAAUGAGCUUCAAUGUGGUCGACAGCUGGUAUCAAUGCUCAGCAUUAAUGACCUAUUAAAGCAUGUGACGUGG